GAACUUGUUGAUAAUUCUAUCUGGUGUCGACUCCCAGUGCGCAGGCGCAGCCCGGGUGACGAAGAUGGUGCUCAUCAAGGAAUACCGUGUGGUGUUGCCAGUCUCUGUGGAAGAGUAUCAAGUAGGGCAGCUGUACUCUGUGGCUGAGGCCAGCAAAAAUGAGACCGGAGGAGGAGAAGGGAUCGAGGUGCUGAAGAACGAGCCGUACGAGAAGGAUGGAGAGAAGGGACAAUACACACAUAAAAUAUACCAUCUAAAGAGUAAAGUCCCAGGGUAUGUGAAGAUGAUCGCACCAGAGGGAGCUUUAGUUUUUCACGAAAAGGCUUGGAACGCUUAUCCAUACUGUCGCACAAUUGUGACGAACGAGUACAUGAAGGACGACUUUAUGAUAAAGAUCGAGACGUGGCACAAACCGGACAUGGGAACAGUAGAAAAUGUCCACGACCUGGACGAGCAGACGUGGAGGACUGUGGAGGUGGUUCCCAUAGACAUCGCAAACAGUGACGAAGUGGCAUCAGGGGACUACAAGUCAGAAGAAGAUCCGUCUCUUUUCCACUCUGAAAAGACGGGCAGAGGACCUCUCAACCCCGAGUGGAAGAACGAGCUGAAGACAGACUGUCCGUACAUGUGUGCGUACAAACUGGUCACCGUAAAGUUCAGAUGGUGGGGUCUGCAGACCAAAGUGGAAGGUUUCAUCCACAGGCAAGAAAAGCGUAUUUUCACCAACUUCCACCGCCAGCUGUUCUGCUGGAUCGACAGAUGGGUGGGUUUGACCAUGGAGGACAUCAGGCGGAUGGAAGAGGAGACCCAAAAAGAGCUCGAGGAGAUGCGUCAGAAGGGAGAUGUGCGAGGUACCUCUGCGACGGACGAGUAGAGGCUGGCCGCUGUAGGUCAAACUCUAGAGGCAGGCUGACUGCGUAAAACAGGUCCGAUUCGAGGCACCAGUGCUGCUCAUGAGCAAUGAGGCAAAUCAACCAAACCCUGUCAUGAUGAUGUCAUCGGAGACACGCCCACCACCACCACCAACGUUGAGGAGGGCGUCCCCCCGCCGUCGCUCUCCUCUCCUCCUGUCUCACAUGAUUCAUUGGGGGGUUUGACACGAUUGGUUAACAGUACUGUACAGCUCCUUCCCCCCCCCCAAUCACAGCCUCCCGUUCACUCAGAAAACAACAAAAAAACAUGGUUUUGCAUACAUUUAAAAAAAGACAAAAAAACUCUUUGCACAGAACGUAACUUGCCUGGUAUGUAAUUGUUAGUUGAUUAUUACAAUGGGCUUUGUUUUUAUCAGGUGUGUAAACCGGGACUCAGAAAGUCAAGCCUUUUAAAUUGAUUAGAAUGUGGUUUUUAGGAAAACAGGUUCCCUCAGAAUUGGUUUAAAGACUCUAGCAGGUCCAUGUACCCCCCCCUCUCUUUUCCUUGUAUUAUAACUGUCUGUCUCUUCUUUACUCCCCGUCUCUCCCUUCAUUAUCGUCCUCUUUCUUUUCGUCUGGAUCUCCUCCCCUUCGUCUCGCCCUCCCCUCUGUCUGGCAGUCGCUCGGGACGUUUUCCUCUCUUAUCUGAUUUGGUGGCGAUCCAUGCCUGUGUUUUUUUUUUUGGAGUCAAGCAAAUUCAAUGCAUGAUUCACGUUUUCAUCAUGCACACCCGGCCUCCUCCGCCCCUUCCUUUUUUCCUUUCGUCACAAGUGCAUGUGAGAACAACAGCGACUCCUCACUCUGAACUGUCAUUGCAUGUGUACAGUCUGUGCAAUGCAGCUUUUCGCUCCAGUGGAUUGUUUGUGUUGAUGAAAGAGAGAGAGAGCUCGUCGGCGCCCUCUAGGAGAGUCUGUACAAUACACCGGUGCGUUCGCGUGUGUGCUCUGUGUGCUUGUUUGCAAACUGCCUUCGCUCUUAAAGGAGGACCGAGACGGGGAAGCUGAAGACCAGAGGCGUCCCGUCGAGCGUGCCUCAUGCUGUCGCUGCAUGUCCUCUCUCCCCUGCUGGAGCUUGGAGCUUCCAGUGGACGUCCUCCGCUGAAGCUUUUUCUUUUUGUACAAACUAAAACACAAAAAGGAGGAUGAGAGUGUGCGUCGCUGCGUGCAUGAACAAAAGUAGUUUUCUUUUAUAUCUCUUAAAAAAACUAUGGCUUCCUCUCUGAGAGCGAGCGUGAGCGCGUCCAGGCAGAUGUUGACGAGCAUUCUGGGUGUUCAGUUUUUAUUUCCCGGUUUGUAUUUUUGAAGCUUUUCAUUCAAAAGAAAGUAUAAAGUCUACUCUUUCCUCGACUGUUUUUAAAGAUGAAAUAUCUUCAGCAGAGAUAAACUCUUAAGGUUGGUGUUGGGUGACGUAGUUCGAGCUUCUCCUGCUUUAUCGUCCGCUUUAGUUGGAGGUUGUUGAGUCUUUCUUUUUGAGCGUGAUGCGGAUCCCGUCGGGCUUUAGGUGAAACUAUUUGGUGAUGUUUUCUAUGAUCAUGGCGUAGCGUAGUGCAGUCACACAGCUUUGUUUCUUUGAUCAGGUAUGAGUGUGUAGGUUUCGUGGUAACCUAUCUUUGCGUGCUUUCAUGUCAGACCGGUUUAAAGAGAGUUAUAAGUGUACUUUAUAAUAGGCCCAUUAUAGAAAUGGACAAACUGUACAUACAAACACUGACUUGAAUGGGAAACUCACAGCUACUAAACAAUGUCAGGUCUAUCCUAUCACUACUGUACUGCUAACUUAAUGAGAGUUUCAGAGCAGUGAUGUCAGCUCUGCGGGCGGCGAGCAAGCGAACGAGCGGCGAACUCAAACCAUAAUGAAACUGUACCUCAUCCACGCUUUAUGAAUGUACAGCGGAGAGACGGAUGUGUCGAGCGGUGCAGGACGUUUCACCUGUACAGGCAUGACGUGGGACACGAGGAGAUCAGACCAGUCCAGAUUCUGCAGAGGAGGGUCAGGGAGGAAAUCAGAGGAGGGAGGUUUUUUAAAAAUCGACUUGCAUUCAAAGAUAAUGUCUCGAUGUGGAGAGCAAGGUCACGCUGUAGAAAUCAAAGACAUAGGAAGAGAAUUUUUGAUUUUGCAUGAAGAGGAUAAAGUCAAACUUGCAGAAUUGAUGCCAGGUGUCAGAAAAAUCACAUUUACUUUUGAAUCUUUUUGCAUUUUGAGAACGCAGCAGAAAUGUUAUCAAGUUACAUUUUUUAAAGGCAAAAGAGGAAAAAAAAACACAUUUUUUGGGACAAUUUUUCAAAAUCAUGAGAAUAAAGUUUCAAUUCAAAACGAAUACUGAAAAAUCUAAACGUUCCUCUUGAAUAUUCUGACUUCACUCUGAAUAUUCUGAUCUAUUUUAAAGUUUGCCUGCCCCUCAUGUUGAAAGUCAUCCUCACUUCUUUUUUACAUUCUUGGCACCGACGCUGAAAGCUCAACUUCUCAACAUGCAGAAAGAAAACCCCCUCCUCUGAUUAUUCCCUCUCAUACCUGGCACUGAUCCUCAAACCUCAACUUUAUCCUCUGAUUGCAAAACAACAAAAACAAAACUCAAUUUUUCUAAGACGUAAAAAAAUUCUGAUCUGCAUGCUCAACACUUUCUUUUCCGUUUUUUUUCCUUCUCUCUUUUUUUAUUCUCUCCGUUUGAUCGGUGCGUCUUGAGAAUCUCUCGAACUGCAUCAGACAAGAAGGGAAUUCCUUUUAAAGGGGCGGCUCCUCCUCCUCCUCCUCCUCGCCUUCAAACUGAGUCCAGCUGGACCUCAGCUUCCUGAUGAGGAGUGAAAAGCCGGACUUGAGUGUGAGGGCGACGAGCGGCGAGCGGCGAGCGCCCCCGUUAGACUAGAGUAGACUGCGUGAUGUUCGGUUCUGUAGCAUUACCAGUGAUGACUGUGAGGGGAGGGUAGAAGCUUAGGGAACAGAUGGAGUCCAAAAUACUGUUUUUCUUUCUUGUAAUCAUGAUAAUAAGCACUUGCAAAAUCUACUGUUUCUUUCUUUUAUGUUUUCUUUUGUUGUUUUUGAAAGACAAAGAUUCACAAUGUAUUCAAUUUCUCUUUUCUGAUAAGGCAAAAUUCAGGGGAAUUAGUAGUGAAUGUAUUACGAUUAGUUCCUCUUUUGUUUCUUUUUCACGGCGUCAUGCUGUGGCAGAAGGUCUAGACAAUGGAACAUAACAGAAUAUCUAAUAAAUUUGAACAAAUAAGAGACGUAA